AUUUUGAUGGAGAAUGAUUGAAGACGGUUGAAAAAUUCUGAGAAAUUAAGAGAACGUUUUUGUCAUUCUCUCCUGAAAUUGCAAUCUCGGAGCCGUGUAUUUUGUUCCGUCCGUUGGGAAUUCCUGAAAAUUAAGUGUGAUGGGCGGAUCGAAAGGGUCUAGAUUUACAGGCGGCGGCGAAAGCGAAGAAACGCCGGUGGCCGACCUUAUUUCGUCUCAGAGCGUGCGGCUCGGGAAGAUCCAGCCACAAGCCCCGGGUUAUCGGACCGUGUUUUGCAAUGAUCCUGAAACCACCGCCAUAGCUAAUUUUAAGGCUAACUCUGUUUCAACUACAAAGUAUGAUGUGCUUACAUUUUUACCAAAGGGUUUGUUUGAACAGUUCAGGCGGGUGGCUAACCUCUACUUCCUUAUGAUUUCAAUUUUAUCAUGCACCCCAGUCAGUCCUGUAAGUCCAAUUACCAACGUGCUUCCUUUGAGCUUGGUGCUUUUUGUUUCUCUUAUAAAAGAAGCAUGGGAAGACUGGAAACGUUUGCAGAAUGACAUGUCCAUUAAUAAUACUUCUGUAGACAUCUAUGGAGAUCACAAAUGGUUGAGUGUUCCUUGGAAGAAGCUUCAGGUUGGAGACAUUGUAAGGGUUAAACAAGAUGAGUUCUUUCCUGCAGACCUGUUGUUUCUUGCCAGCACUAAUUCUGAUGGUAUCUGCUAUCUUGAGACGGCUAACUUGGAUGGGGAAACCAAUUUGAAGAUCAGAAAAGCUUUGGAGAAGACUUGGGAUUAUGUGACUCCUGAGAAAGUGGCUGAAUUUGAAGGUGAAAUACAAUGUGAGGAACCUAAUAACUCUUUGUAUACCUUCACUGGAAAUCUGAUGACUCAAAGCCAAACCUUGCCACUCAGCCCAAAUCAACUUCUUCUAAGGGGUUGCAGUUUGAGAAACACUGAGUACAUUGUUGGGGUGGUCAUUUUUACAGGGCAUGAGACAAAGGUUAUGAUGAAUUCUAUGAAAAUUCCUUCUAAACGGAGCACUUUAGAAAAGAAACUUGACAAACUAAUUCUCAUGCUUUUUAGUACCCUUUUCUGCAUGUGUGUCUUGGGAGCCAUCGGAAGUGGUGUGUUCAUAAGCAGCAAGUAUUUUUACUUGCGAUUUGAGAAUUAUUCUGACCCACAAUUCAACCCCAGUAAUAGGUUUACGGUUGCUGCUUUAACUAUGUUCACCUUAAUUACUCUUUAUUCACCUAUUAUUCCGAUCUCUCUAUAUGUUUCUGUUGAGAUGGUUAAAUUUAUUCAGUCCACUCAAUACAUCAAUAAUGACCUGUACAUGUACCAUGCUGAGAGUAAUACUCCUGCACAAGCAAGGACAUCUAAUUUGAAUGAGGAACUUGGGCAGGUGGAAUACAUAUUCUCAGACAAAACUGGCACACUUACUAGAAACUUGAUGGAAUUCUUUAAGUGUUCGAUUGGAGGAGAGAUGUAUGGUACUGGUGUCAGUGAAAUUGAGCAGGGUACAUCACAGAGAGGUGGGAAGAGAUUGGAGUCCCAGAGAUCAUCAAAAUUAGUACGAGAGAGAGGCUUCAAUUUUAAUGAUGCUCGGAUAAUGCAAGGUGCUUGGAAGAAUGAACCAAAUCCCGAUGCAUGCAAGGAAUUCUUCAGAUGCCUUGCAAUAUGUCACACUGUACUUCCCGAAGGUGAUGAAACACCUGAAGGCAUUCGAUAUCAAGCAGCAUCACCUGAUGAGGCUGCUCUGGUUGCAGCAGCAAAGAACUUCGGUUUCUUCUUUUACAGGCGUACUCCUACUAUGAUUUAUGUGCGUGAGUCACAUGUUGAGAAUACGGGGAAAAAUCAGGAUGUUUCCUAUGAGAUCCUGAAUGUUCUUGAAUUCAACAGUACGCGGAAGCGCCAGUCUGUUAUAUGUCGCUAUCCUACUGGCAGGCUAGUACUGUACUGCAAGGGUGCGGAUACUGUAAUUUAUGAAAGACUGGCAGGUGGAGAAAAUGAUUUGAAGAGAAUAACAAGGGAACACUUGGAACAAUUUGGAGCAGCGGGCUUGCGCACACUUUGCUUGGCAUAUAGGGACUUAAGUCCUAAUGUAUAUGAAAAUUGGAAUGAGAAAUUCAUUCAAGCGAAAUCCUCUCUUCGAGACCGUGAGAAGAAAUUGGAUGAGGUGGCAGAACUCAUAGAAAUAGACCUUAUGUUGAUUGGAUCCACUGCUAUAGAAGACAAACUUCAGGAAGGAGUGCCUACUUGCAUAGAGACUCUGUCAAGGGCUGGGAUAAAGAUUUGGGUGCUUACUGGGGACAAGAUAGAAACUGCAAUAAAUAUAGCUUAUGCAUGCAAGUUGAUAAAUAACAACAUGAAACAAUUUGUUGUUAGUUCAGAAACUGAUGCUAUUAGAGAAGUAGAAGAUAAAGGCGACCAAGUGGAGAUUGCUCGUUUUAUCAAAGAUACAGUGCAAAAUGAACUUAUAAAGUAUAAUGAGGAAGCACAACAAUAUCUCUAUUCUGAAUCUAGACCAAAGUUAGCACUUGUUAUUGAUGGAAAGUGUUUGAUGUAUGCAUUGGACCCCAGUUUGCGUGUAACACUCUUAAAUUUGAGCUUGCAUUGUAGUGCAGUGGUCUGUUGCCGAGUUUCUCCUUUACAGAAAGCACAGGUGACUAGAUUGGUUAGGAAGGGAGCACAGAAAAUAACUCUUAGUAUUGGUGAUGGGGCUAAUGAUGUUAGCAUGAUUCAAGCUGCUCAUGUUGGUGUCGGAAUAAGUGGGCAGGAAGGAAUGCAAGCAGUAAUGGCCAGUGAUUUUGCAAUUGCUCAGUUUCGUUAUUUGACAGAUUUGCUGCUUGUCCAUGGACGCUGGUCAUAUUUGAGAAUCUGCAAGGUUGUGACAUAUUUUUUCUAUAAGAAUCUGACAUUUACCAUGACACAAUUUUGGUUUACCUUCCACACUGGAUAUUCUGGUCAAAGGUUCUAUGAUGAUUGGUUCCAGUCCCUCUACAAUGUUAUCUUUACAGCCAUGCCUGUGAUUGCUCUUGGACUUUUUGAAAAGGAUGUUAGUGCUUCCCUUUCCAAGAAAUAUCCCGAGUUAUACAUGGAGGGAAUAAGAAACACGUUCUUCAAAUGGCGAGUCGUGGCUGUUUCGGCUUUCUUUGCAGUUCUCCAAUCACUAAUAUUGUAUCAUUUUGUAACUGCUUCUAGUACCAAGAGCAUGAAUUCAGAUGGAAAGAUGUUUGGCCUGUGGGAUGUCAGUACAGUGGCCUUCACUUGUGUUGUAUUGACUGUCAAUUUGCGUCUCCUAAUGAUGUGCAAUGCAAUUACGAAGUGGCAUCAAAUUACUGUCGGGGGAAGCAUAUUGUUGUGGUUCAUAUUCGUCUUUGUAUACUCAGCUGUUCUCUUGCCAAAAGCUCAGGAGAACGUAUAUUUUGUCAUCUUUGUUGUGAUGAGUACAUUUUAUUUCUACGUCACGAUGCUGCUCAUUCCCGUUGCUGCACUUUUUGGCGACUUCUUAUAUCAGGGGGUUCAAAGAUUGUUCUUCCCCUAUGACUAUCAGAUUGUUCAGGAAAUCCACAAGGGUGAGGUUGAAAGACUUGGGACAGGGCUGCUGGAGUUUGGAUCUGAGCUCACACCCGACGAUGCAAGGAACUUCGCGAUGAAGCAACUCCCGGGACAGAAAUCAAGGCACACCGGUUUUUCUUUCGACUCGCCUGGUUAUGAGUCGUUUUUCGCAUCUCAGGCGGGCGUGCCUGCCCCUCAUAAACCAUGGGAUGUUGCUCGCCGAGCCAGCAUGAGGAAGACUAAAUCAAAAGCUCAUCGGAAGAACUAACUCUAGCUACUCUGCUCCACUCUACUCUUCUCUACUCUUCUAUACUCUACAUCGUAUCGUUUGGUAAUACAUUCUUCUCAUUCUCUUUUAAGCAGUAGAAAUUUUAGCAUUAUUCUUUCCUGAAUUACAUAUUUUUCGUAUAGUAUUAGUAGUUACUAGUAGUGGUUAACAAAUGUCAAGCAAAACCUUCAGAAGGGGAACUCACUUGAGUGCUUGGUAUUCUAGAUUGGAUGAUCUUUUUAGUAGUUUGAUAUCUAUUAAAGUUUAUGAUUAUUGUUUUGGAGGCUAUAUGAUCUUGUAUAUAAUAAAUAUGAUUUGUGACAAAUACAAUUUUUUUAUGUUUAUUGACUCACAA